AUGGCUCUCUCUGCUCGCUGCGGGCAGCAGGCGGCGUCUCUCCUCCGACAACGAUGCCUCGUUGAGUCUCGCGCGGCGACUCUCCACCGCUCCUUCUCGACCUCCUUCAGAUCUACAACGCCUCGAUCACUUGCUGCUGCUGGUGGCUAUGGUCUGAAGCAACGGGCCGCUACUGCCUCCCUCCGCUCAUCUCACCAGCUCCGUUUGUUCUCCGCUUGUCUGCACAGGUUGGCCCAGGAUGCUGCCCCCGAUGCUAAAUCCUACCUGGCCAGUGGCGCGGUUGGCCAGUCCCCGGAUCUGGUCGAUGUGAAGAAGGUGUUGGUUAUUGGUAGUGGUGGCUUGAGUAUUGGACAGGCUGGGGAGUUUGAUUAUUCAGGUUCCCAGGCGCUCAAAGCCCUUAAAGAAGCUGGCGUCAAGUCCGUUCUCAUCAACCCCAACAUCGCCACUAUUCAGACCGACCACAAGUUGGCCGACGAGGUGUAUUACUUGCCUGUCACCCCGGAGUAUGUGACUCACGUGAUCGAACGAGAGCAACCAGAUGGCAUCUUCCUCAGCUUUGGUGGCCAGACAGCACUCAACUUGGGCGUGCAGAUGAACCGCAUGGGUAUCUUCGAGCGAUACGGCGUCAGGGUCCUGGGUACUAGCAUCAGGACGCUGGAGACGAGCGAGGAUCGUGACCUCUUCUCCAAGGCGUUGAACGAAAUUAACAUUCCCAUCGCAGAAUCCAUUGCUUGCAACACUGUCGAUGAAGCUCUGGAAGCUGCUGAUAAGAUUGGAUACCCCAUUAUCGUGCGGUCUGCCUAUGCCCUGGGUGGUCUCGGCUCUGGUUUCGCUGGCAACCGCGAGGAGUUGAAGAACUUGUCUUCGCGAUCUCUCAGUCUUGCACCCCAGAUCUUGGUUGAGAAGUCGCUGAAAGGCUGGAAAGAAGUCGAAUAUGAGGUUGUCCGUGAUGCGAAGAACAACUGUAUUACUGUCUGCAACAUGGAGAACUUUGAUCCUCUUGGAAUUCACACUGGAGACAGUAUUGUCGUGGCCCCCAGUCAGACUCUUUCUGAUGAAGAAUACCACAUGCUCCGUACCGCUGCCAUCAAGAUCGUCCGCCAUCUCGGUGUGGUAGGAGAGUGCAACGUCCAGUAUGCCCUGCAACCGGACGGUCUGGACUACAGGGUCAUUGAAGUCAACGCUCGUUUGUCUCGGUCUUCCGCUCUGGCCUCCAAGGCUACUGGAUACCCAUUGGCAUACACUGCAGCCAAGAUUGGUUUGGGACACUCUCUUCCGGAAUUGCCCAACGCCGUUACAAAGACCACCACGGCCAACUUCGAGCCCAGUUUGGAUUACAUUGUUACAAAGAUCCCUCGAUGGGAUUUGAGCAAGUUCCAACACGUCAAGCGCGACAUUGGAAGUGCCAUGAAAUCAGUUGGAGAGGUCAUGGCUAUUGGCCGUACCUUUGAAGAAUCCUUCCAGAAGGCUAUCCGCCAAGUCGACCCACGAUUUGUAGGCUUCCAGGGUGACCACUUUGAGGACCUCGAUGAGACGCUUAGGAACCCUACUGACCGCCGAUGGCUGGCGGUUGGUCAGGCUAUGCUUCAUGAGAACUACUCCGUUGACAAGGUGCACGAUCUUACUAAGAUUGACAAGUGGUUCUUGUACAAGCUGCAAAACAUUGUCGAUUGCCAGAACGAGCUCAAGGAGAUUGGUAGUCUUUUCGGACUCAAGAAGGAGAUUCUCACCAAGGCUAAGAAACUGGGUUUCUCUGAUAAGCAGAUCGCCAACUGCGUUGGUUCCCACGAGGACGACGUUCGCGCUCGUCGAUUGGGCUUUGGCAUCCGACCAUGGGUUAAGAAGAUUGAUACUCUUGCUGCUGAGUUCCCCGCUGACACCAACUAUCUCUACACUACUUACAACGCUUCUUCGCACGAUGUCACCUUUGAUGACCACGGCACUGUCAUUCUUGGUAGCGGUGUCUACCGUAUCGGCAGCUCUGUCGAGUUCGACUGGUGUGCAGUUAACGCUACGCUCUCUCUCCGAAACAUGGGCAAGAAGACCGUUAUGAUCAACUACAACCCUGAGACCUACUCUACCGAUUUUGACACUGCCGAUAAGCUGUACUUCGAAGAACUCAGCUACGAGCGUGUCAUGGAUAUCUACGAGCUCGAGAAUGCCAGCGGAGUUGUGGUUUCUGUCGGUGGUCAGCUACCCCAGAACAUCGCUCUUCGCCUGCAGGAGAAGGGUGGUGCCCACGUCCUUGGUACCGACCCUGCGGAUAUUGACAAGGCUGAGGACCGUCACAAGUUCUCUCAGAUCUUGGAUAGCAUUGGCGUCGACCAGCCCGCCUGGAAGGAGCUUACAUCUGUGUCUGAGGCUGAGAAGUUUGCCGACGCAGUUGGAUACCCUGUUCUCGUCCGUCCCAGUUACGUCUUGUCCGGUGCUGCCAUGAGCGUCAUUUACAGCCAUGACGAGCUCAAGGAGAAGCUCCUAAAUGCCAGUUCCGUGUCCCCCGACCACCCCGUCGUUAUUACCAAGUUCAUCGAGGGUGCUCAAGAGAUUGACGUCGAUGCCGUGGGCUCUAAUGGAAACCUCAUCCUACAUGCUGUCAGCGAGCACGUUGAGAAUGCCGGUGUACACUCUGGUGAUGCCACGCUUGUUCUGCCACCGGCAUCGCUUGACCAGUCCGUCAUGGAUCGUGUCAAGGUUAUUGCUGAGAAGGUUGCCAAGGCAUGGAACAUCACCGGUCCCUUCAACAUGCAGAUCAUCAAGGCCGACAACCCUGAAGGCGGCGAGCCCCUCUUGAAGGUCAUUGAGUGCAACCUGCGUGCUUCUCGUUCAUUCCCAUUCGUCAGCAAAGUUCUCGGCACGAACUUCAUCGAUGUCGCCACCAAGGCUCUGGUCGGCCGUGAUGUUCCUGAACCCGUCGACCUCAUGACCGAGAAACGCGACUACGUGGCCACCAAGGUGCCUCAGUUCAGCUGGACCCGUCUUGCCGGCGCCGACCCCUUCCUCGGCGUCGAGAUGGCCAGUACCGGUGAAAUCGCCUGUUUCGGAAAGGAUCUCGUUGAAGCCUACUGGGCCUCUCUGCAAUCCACCAUGAACUUCCGCCUUCCUCAACAAGGCGAAGGUCUGCUCUUUGGUGGUGACUAUGUUGACUCUCUCGGCCAGAUUGUCGAUUACCUGCACCCGCUAAACUACAAGCUUUACGCCGCCAGCCCCGAAGUCAAGGCUCAACUGGAGAAGCUGUCGUCGAACCCGGUCAAUAUUGAAGUUAUCGAAUUCCCCAAGGAGGACAAGCGGGCCCUCCGUGAGGUGUUCCAGAAGUACGAUAUCCGCGGUGUCUUCAACCUGGCUAAGCACAGGGGCAAGACGUUGUUGGAUGAAGACUAUGUCAUGCGACGAAAUGCGGUCGAUUUUGGCGUUCCGCUUUUCAUGGAACCAAAGACUGCCCUCCUCUUCGCGCAGUGCAUGAAUGAGAAACUCCCUCGACCAGAUGGCAUCCCCUCCGAGGUCCGCAGCUGGUCCGACUUUGCGGGCCACAAAAUGUUGUAA